GUGAAAGUACUUUCAACUUUAAACACACUUAAGAGAGAACAUGAAGCAUAUUAUAAUCCAAAUUGGGAGAUGCUUGAUGCAUACAAAGGUAUGGACAUUUAUUGGCUUCACUUCAGCUGUUGUUGGAUUGCUUUGUUAUGCUCUCAGUUCUUCCUUUAUCCAUCUAUUUGGAAAUUGGAAUUGGUUGAAGAUAUUCCUUUACGGUGUUUUCUGUCUCAUCAUUUGCUUUCUGAUUUUACUAGCAAUGAUAUGGAACCACUCCAGAUGUUUCAGGUUUCAAGUUCAAUUCGCAUUUUUGGUUUUAACCACCACCUCGGUGUAUUCCUUUUUCUCCGAUAAAAUGAUUAAUGGGAAACCAGAUGCAUAUAGCCUCAUUUCAAGUGCUUCCUUUGCUAUCAUGUCGCUCAGUUUGUCGCGGCAAACUCAGUGCGGAUUUGAGGUGGAUCUUCUUUACUUUUUUCUCGGAUGUUUAAUUGUACAACUAAUGAAGAUUAAAUUGCAGUUAUUCAUUGUUGGAGCUGGUUUCAGUUAUUCCCUUAUUAUUAUUCGUUCUUACUUUCCUUCAACUCCCAUAGAUGUUGGACCAGAAAACGAGUGCCCCGAAAUCCAAGAUGAAAAUUCAGUAGUUCUUCAUGUCAUUUCUCUAGACUUAGCUAGUAAUGACAUCGCUAGCAGCCUGAUGGAACAGCUCAGGACCAGUAUGAAGGCGCUUCAGCUGGAAAAUUUGCAUAUCGUCGACAUGCUUUUGGAGCAGGAAAAGGAAUAUUUUGACAAUGCACCGUCGAUGUUAUCCGAAUGUAGCUUGGAAGGAACGCUCAUGUUGGAAGCGCUGUCGCUGGAAACGGUCAACAACCUUCAGGAAACUGUAAAAUUGAUGUUAAACUCUGGUUUCAACAAGGAGUGCUUAAUUGUGUAUAGCAGUUGCCGGAGGGAAUGCUUAGAGGAGUGCCUGGUAAAACAAUUCUUAAAUUCAGAUAAUCUUACUAUCAAGGAUGUUAACAUGGAAGAUCUCGGACUACGUAUCAAAAGAUGGAUUAAGGCUUUCAAGGUUGCAUUCAAGAUAUUGUUUCCCACCGAGCGGCAACUCUGCGAUAUUGUUUUCUUUGAGUUCUCUGCCAUCUCCGAUAUAUCUUUUACAGAUGUUUGUAGGGAAUUCACCAUUCGAUUGCUGAAUUUUCCCAAUGUCAUAGCGAAUGAUCAAAGCAAUACGACACUGUUGUUUAGAAUGCUCGACAUGUAUGAAACAUUGCAUGACCUAAUUCCGAAUUUCGAGUCUCUGUUUUGUGAUCAAUACAGUGUGUCACUAAGGAAUGAAUUAAACACAGUUUUAAAGAAAUUGGGAGAAACAAUAGUGGGCACUUUAAGGGAGUUUGAAAAUACAAUUCGCAGCAAAGGUCCCGGGAACGCGCCAUUUUUUGGUGGCCAGCUUCACCCCCUUGUCCGUUUCGUCAUGAAUUUCCUAACCUGGAUAUGUGACUAUCGUGAGAUAUUAGAGCAGGUGUUUGAAGAUCAUGGACAUGUGUUGCUGGAAUACACCAAGCAUGAUGAUACUGUACCCUCUUCUUCUUCUUCUUCUUCUUCUUCUUCUUCUUCUUCUUCACUGCAGAUGGAACGGAUUAUGGAGGUGUUGGAGAGUAAGUUGGAAGCUAUGUUCAAUAUCUUUAAUGACCCUACUUUGGGUUAUGUUUACUUAAUGAAUAGCAGCAGGUACAUAAUUAUAAAGACGAUGGAAAAUGAAUUAGGAACUCUUUUAGGGGAUGGUAUGUUGCAAAGACACAGCGCGAAAUUACGAUACAACUUUGAGGAAUAUAUCAGAAGCUCGUGGGGUAAGGUGCUGGAAUUUCUAAGGCUGGACAACAAUCUAUUAGUGCAUCCUAAUAUGGUUGGGAAGUCAAUGAAGAAGCAGCUCAAAUCUUUCAACAAACUGUUUAAUGAAAUAUGCAAAGCUCAAUCCUUGUGGUUUAUCAUGGACGAAACGUUAAAGGAAGAAAUAAUAGUUUACCUUGGGGAAAACUUGUUGCCAGCUUAUACAAACUUCAUUCGGAAGUUACAUAUUGUUCUAAAACUGGAAGUUAAAAAGCCCCCUGAUGGAUACAUUGAGUAUGAAACGAAAGAUAUUAAAGCAAUACUCAACAAUAUGUUUAAGAUAUACCGUCCAUCAAGUUGUGGCCGAAAACGAGGUUAAAGCGGCAUGCUAUUGUGUGUGUAUUUAUUUAUUGUGUAAUUGAAAUACAAAGUUGCUUUGAUGUAUUCACUAAAACAGGAAAUAGAUUUUUAUCAGGUUUUCAACACCGGCCUAAGAUGCCUGAUUGGAUGUGAUACUUUUUGAGACGGUUUUUUCAACCGGUAACAUGUUUUAAUUUGGGUUGA